AUGCAAGCACCUAAAAGGUUAAUUAACUACGUCUGGGUGGCUCCAACUGGGACAGGUACGAGAUACUACGUACUACAUACCAACUUAAGAGCGCUGCUUGUUGAACUGGGAUGUGUGGCUCAGCCUAUUGUCAAGAUAGUAGUAGUAUUCCUGCCAAGGGCAGCAAGGAGACCGAAACACAAUUAG